GCCUCCGCCAUGAAGACAAGGCUGGCCUUUUCUCCAGACGAAUUAAGGUUUCUGGUGGAGCAGGAAAAGAUUCCAGAAAACUUGCAUUCUUGCAACUUGGUCUUGAGUGUCCGAGUUGUGAGGGACAUAAUCAACUACAUUGAAAAUUCCGAGUUCCCGACCUCAGGAAAGUUGCCAGCUGUCCUAACCUGCAUCGACCCGAGAUUAAAGAAAGCCACCAUCAUGCAUCUGACAUGUGGACAAAUCAAGCGACAGAUGCUAACGUAUUCAAAAAGGGCCCAGAAAGAAGAAGCUGUGUGGGACAUGAUACUCCCAUGUCUUGAAAUCAAGGAUAGCGAGUAUGUCGGAGAGACUUGCGACAAACACGGUAUUACCAGGACCGUUUUAGACGGCCGCGCGAGCCUUCCCGCUAUCCCCGUGCUUACCAACAGGAUCGUACUGGAGCUGCGUGCUUUCAGAAUAGCGACAGACAGCACAUGGGUAACUAUGGCAACGUGGCUGCAAAACCUUGGCGAGAAAAAGGUGUGUCCACCAUCGCUCAGAAUGUCUGUGGAAGCCUUACAACACAGAAGAGCAGAGUUAGGGAGGAGCAAGUUUCUGAUACACGACGGCAAUGUCUACAGGGAUGUCGAACAGCUCUUGGAAGAACCGUACACUUGCCCAGAGGUGGUGACAUCCAACGAUGGUCAGGCUAGAGCCAGAGGGAAGGGGCCUCACAAAAAGGUUUUGAAGAGAAGGUUACGUAGGACGAAAGCAAAGGAGAGAUCAGUCAGAGCUGAACAAGUUGUAGAGAAAAGACAUACUUCAGAUGCUGUGCAAGAGGCUCCGAAGGAGAACAUUGUAAAUGAUUGCGAGGAUGGAGGACCUCUGUGCAAACUUGUAAGACACAGUAGAGGACAACAGUCAGCAAAAUGAAGACAUUGAUCCUUAUGUCAGGCUCUAAAUUAUAUAUCAACUUACAAAGUUAGAAGUAGAAUUAUUGAGUUUAAAAUUUCACCUGUCCCCGCAACCUACAGUGUAUUAAGAUGUUGAAAAUACCAGCGUCGCCAUGCAUGUUACAACAUGUAGUUUCACAUAUUGUAACCUGUAUUUAUUGGCUCACAUAGGCCAGCUUAAAAAAGAAAAGAAAAAUCCCUAAAUCUUACUGAGUCUAAUUUUUAAGACUGUAUUUGGAAACAAAGCUGCUUUUCUCAGGCCUUUUUUUUAACAACCUCAGCUACUAGUAGUACCGGUAAUAGUAUGCAGAGCGUAAAAGGGUCAUUCACUCAGACCCUUCUAGUCUGCCUUCAGUGGCACAUAUUGUAGGUCAGUGCUACAGAAACAGCAAUUUCCCUUGCUGUUUCUUUACUAGUAGCUCUCCUGGUAUAUUCAUCCAGGUAGGGUGCCUUUCCGCUUUAAGUUUAACGUAACUCCUCAAACAAGGGAGACCCCCCCCCCCC